UCGUUAAGCUUUUUAGUUCACAAUGAUUACAAAAAUCUGCACAGUUUUGCUUAUCUUAAUAUUUUCUCUAAAGUCUGCAUCAACUGCGACAGAUAAAGUGAUUUGUUAUUACAAAAGCUGGACCAGGGAAGAUGUUUUCACACCAGAUGAUAUUGAUAUCAGUAUCUGUACCCACGUUAACUUUGCCUUCUUGAGGCUCAAUGAAGAUGGCAAUUUUCGUUUCGAUUCUGGAGGAGGUGAUGAAUCCGUUUUGGAAAAGUUCGGCGUUCUUAAGUCCAAGAACCCAGAUGUCAAGCUGUUGAUAACUGUAGGAGGUUGGAUCGAAGAUUCAAUUGCUUUUUCACAUGUAGCUGCCGAUGAUCACAAAAAGGCAAAUUUGGCCACUACUCUUGUUCACUAUAUGGAAAAUUAUGGAUUGGAUGGUAUUGACAUUGACUGGGUUUAUCCGGGCAAAAAUGGGGGAACGGCGGAUGAUAAAGAAAACCUAGUUGAUAUGGUUUCUGUUAUUCGUAAAGCUCUCGAUGACAAUGGAGGGGGUAUUAUCACAGUUGCAGUGUCUUCUGAUCCAGACCCUGAUAGUUACAAUGUCGGUGAACUCUCGAAAAUUGUAGAUACUCUUAAUGUGAUGACGUACGAUUUUCAUGGAUUUGCUGAUGAUACAAAGACUGGAGAAAACUCUCCUCUGUAUGCUUCUUCUACAGAUACGGAUUGGGAGAAAAAUAAUGCAAACUGCGACGCUGCAAUUAACAAUUGGUUAAAUAGUGGUGCUGAUCCUACUAAACUUAUUUUAGGUCUUGGAUUCUAUGGACACAUUUUUCAAUUGGUGGAUUCUAGUCAACAUGUUGUUGGAUCACCUGCUAAAGGUGCACAAGAAGAUUACACUUCAUAUAACGAGAUAUGUCCAUUAAGUGAUGGUUGGACAGAUGAUUGGGAUGAAGAACAGCAAGUGCCAUACAAAUAUUCAGAGGAACAAUGGAUAGGUUACGACAACGCUGAAUCAAUAGGACUAAAGGUCCAGUAUGCGAAAAGUCGAAAUUUAGGUGGAGUUAUGAUGUGGGCUGUGAAUGAUGAUGAUCAUGACGCAUUAUGUGGAGACAAAAAUGUUCUACUACAAGCUAUAAAAAACAAUUUGUGAUUAAUAAAGCUCAUAUGUUAAUUCA